GUCACACCGGGGACAACAGGAAGUCUCACAGCAGGGGAGGCUGCGGCUGCUGGUGGGUGAGGACCAGUCCCGCACGUCGGCUGUGUGUCAGUAUGACAGACAGGGACUUCUACCUUGAGCAGCUUCAGAGAGAUGCCCAGUUCCUGUGCUCAGAUCUGAGGAUGGACACUGAACUUGUUGACACACUCGUGCUGCAGCUGAACAGAAUCUACCCCCAGAUACUCAGUGACAAAGAAGCCCGCAGGUUCAGGAACCUGAGCGUACCCACCAAGGUUCGGUUAGCAGACCUGCUGAAGCACCUGUAUGGGAAGGGAGAGGACACAUGUCAUGAGUUCUACAGAGGACUUCACAUUCACGCUGAGGACGUCUACUCCAGCCUGCCCAGCAGAGUCAGACAAAAAGAGAUCUCAGAUCCAAAGUGGACGAACAGUGUAGUGAUCCACCCCGAGCGAUUUGUGCUCAAUGAUAGAGGGCCGAUGUUCUUCCUGAGCUGUUUCAGUUUAGUAGCUGGUAUCGCGAUACUCUACUAUUAUGGAGACGGUGAGACACUGAGACGCACCGGUCCGUUCCUUCACUGCUCUGCAGCAAGACUAGCGAGUAAAGGUGCUAAAGAGGUUUUAAUUACCUAUGCUGAGGUUGGAAAGCAGAGAAAAUGAGGACGUUAAGGUGCCUUGAACUGAUUCCCAUGAGAGGAGCGAGCAAGGAAAUGUUCCACUUUGUGUGCUAAACACAUACACACUCUCAGAGCUGGAAAGUGUUUAAAUGAAACUAAACACAUUCAAGUACAAAUACAAGUAAACAGGUACUUACUGAUGUGUUUUUUUUUACGCUGGAUGAGGGAGACUUCAAUCAGGUGCAGUUUUAUACACACACACAGUAAGGCUUAUUGCAGCUUUAACAGACUUGAGUGUGUUUGUGUUAUGUAUGUUAACUCGUGCUUACAUUUUCUUAAAUGCACAACAUAUGCUCUCACCAGCUCACCCACUCGCUGUGCCUUCUACUAUUGUGAUAAAGAGACGUUUUCCUAUCUUUUAACUGUGUUGAGCUUUUGCUAAAAUAAAGCACAAAUUAUUUUUGA